AUGGCCAAAAAAAGAAGAGCUGCUAUAUUACCUACCAACAUUAUUCUUUUACAGAAUGUUGUGCGUAGAGAUCCUGAAUCCUACCAUGAAGAAUUCUUACAACAGUUUUCCCAUUAUGAGUCUCUUCGAGAUUUGUAUUUAAUUAAUCCGACUGGUGUGGAUGCUAAUUCUACAACCGAGUUUAUUGAUUUAAUAGGAUUUAUGUCAGCUGUGUGUAACUGCUAUCCAAAAGAGACUGCUAACUUUCCCAAUGAAUUAAAAGAGAUAUUGUUAAACAACCAUCGUGAUUUAACCCCUGAGUUACGUGAGAAAAUAAUUCAGUGCUUGACAAUGUUGAGGAAUAAAGAUAUUAUAUCUGCUGAAAUGUUAAUACAGACAAUAUUCCCAUUAUUAAUUACCAGUAAUGCUGGUCAGCAAGUGAAACAAAUGAGAAAACAAAUUUAUUCUACUUUGAUUGCAUUGUUAAAAUCUGUUAAUACAGGCACAAAGAAUCAGAAAUUAAAUAGAUCUACUCAGGCAUUAUUAUUUAAUUUAUUGGAACAAAGAGACAAUCAAGGGUUGUGGGCCACUAAAUUGACAAGAGAAUUAUGGAGAAGAGGUAUUUGGGAUGAUUCCAGAACUGUUGAAAUAAUGACUCAAGCUGCUUUGCAUCCAGAUGUCAAAGUCGCCGUAGCAGGUGCUAGGUUUUUUUUAGGGGCAGAUAAAGAAAGAGAAGACAAUUUUGAAGAAAGUUCAGAUGACGAUGGUUUCGAUAUGAAUGAAUUGAGACAUAAAAUGCAAAUUAACAAAAAGUCUUCCAAAAGAAGUAAGAAGUUAGAGCAAGCUGUAAAAUCCAUGAAAAAGAAGAACAAUGCCAAACAUUCAGCAACUUACUUGAACUUUUCUGCCAUCCAUUUAUUAAGAGAUCCACAAGGUUUUGCCGAACAAAUGUUCGAUAACCAUUUGAGCAGUAAGAAUUCCAAUAAAUUUGAUUUGGAUCAAAAGAUCUUGUUCAUGAAUUUGAUUUCAAGAUUAAUUGGUACACAUAAACUUAUCGUGUUGGGUAUAUAUACAUUUUUUUUGAAAUAUCUCACUCCAAAGCAAAGAAAUGUCACUCAAAUCAUGGCUGCUGCUGCUCAAGCGUCUCACGAUUUGGUACCACCUGAGUCGAUUCAAAUUGUUGUGAGAAAAAUUGCUGAUGAAUUUGUCAGUGAUGGUGUUGCUGCAGAAGUAGCAUCUGCAGGUAUAAACACCAUUAGAGAAGUAUUAGCUAGAGCCCCAUUAGCUAUUGAUGCUCCGUUACUACAAGAUUUGACUGAAUAUAAGGGCUCGAAAUCGAAAGCGGUGAUGAUGGCAGCAAGAUCAUUGAUUUCGUUGUACCGUGAAGUGGCUCCAGAAAUGUUAUUGAAAAAAGAUCGUGGUAAGGUUGCUAGCAUAGAAUUGCAGAAGGGUGAGAAAAGCGGAUUGCCUCAAUAUGGGGUCGAAAAUAAUGUUACUUCGAUUCCAGGUAUUGAAUUAUUAGCUAAAUGGAAAAAAGAACAGGGCUUAGACAAUAAGGAGGAUGAAGAAGAUGAUGCCAAUUGGGAGGUUGAUGAUGAUGAAGAUGCAAGUGAUAUUGAAGGUGAUUGGAUAGAUGUUGAAUCUGACAAAGAAAUCAAUAUUUCUGAUAGCGAUGAUGAUGACGACGACGACGACGACGAAGACGAAGAACAAGAACCAGUGAAAGGUAAAUCAAAGAUAGAUAAUGAAGAUGAAGUUUCUGAUUUAGAGUUGUCAUCCGACGACGAAAACGAUAGUAAAGAAAACAAUAGUGGGAUAUCAGUUGCCGAUUCAGAAGAACCUCCUACCAAGAAGCAAAAAGUUGGAAAUGAAAACGAGGGUAUGAAUGCCGAGCAAGCAAUGAAUGAGUUACUUUCCAGUAGAAUAUUGACCCCAGCAGACUUUGCCAAAUUAGAAGAAUUAAGGACAGAAGCUGGUGUAUCUAAGAUUAUGGGUAUUUCAAAUGAAGAAGCAGUUGAUUCCACUUCCUUAGUGGGUAAAGUUAAAUACAAACAAUUACGAGAAGAAAGAAUAGCCCAUGCUAAAGAAGGUAAAGAAGAUCGUGAGAAAUUUGGUUCUAGAAAAGGUAAGAGAGAUGCUCCCCAUUCUACUACCAAUAAAGAGAAAGCAAGAAAGAAGAACUUUGUCAUGAUGAUUCAUAAAAAAGCUGUUCAAGGUAAACAGAAACUUUCUUUACGUGAUAGACAAAGAGUUUUGAGAGCACAUAUAACGAAGCAAAAGAAGAAAGGAUUAUAA